CUAGAGAGAGCGAAAUAAUCCAAGUCUAGUUCUAGAUUUAGAACUACUCGGAAAAUUACAUCUUGUUCUAUCUAGACACGUCGUCCAAGCUCAUCUUAGUUCGAAACAGAAGACGCCUCUCGAAGUUAGCUGUGACAACAUCUGCGGUGCAUUUUAUAGUCAUUGGUACGCUAAAGAAUCUGCUGCGGGGGCCCUACCUACACAGAACAACAACCUCCCACUAUACAUCGACCUUUCACUCCAUUGUGUGGAGUGUUCAGUCAUUCUGUCUUAGUCAAUCAUUUAUUCGGGCAGUUCCAGGAGGACACCCUCCGUGCACUCUGAUGCACAAUGAGCGCAACCGCAUCUGGAAAAGAAGAGGGUGACCCCCUGAGGCCAGCACGCUCAGCAGCAGCCGAUGCCCUUACGAAUGGGACAAAAGCAGACAAUAUUCCCCAAAAUGAAUCUGCCUCUUUCGGACCAGCGUCAUUACCAGAGAACUGCGUCGAGUACAUGAUCUUUCUUAUAGAUCAGCAACUAGAGCCAAGCAAUGUUUUGUCAAAUUUAGAAGCUGUCAAAAAGGCGGGCAUUCAACUCGUGGAAAGCCUCACCAAGGAUUACAUCUGGCAACGCGAAGGUUUCAACUUGGAAAUCAAAAGCCAUGCCGGGUUGCUACAUCUUCAUGGCAUCACGGAUCAUGGCGACUGCGUGGAAGACGAAUGGCUCAUAGUCUAUGUGCUCCGUGAACUUACCAAGUCCUUCAACAACAUAUGGGUUCGCGUCUUCGACAGCGAUGGCGAGUUUCUGCUCGUCGAGGCAGCAAACGUUGCACCCAAGUGGUUGAACCCCGAGAUGGAUGGCAACCGAGUCUGGAUCCACCAGGGAAAACUGCUGCUCGUUCCCCUAACAGCAGGAGACAACGGCGCCAGCAAGUCCAUUUCACUCACGGAUGCAUUGUCAUUCAUCAAAUCUCAAGCGCCUUCGAUGGUGCACUCCUCCUUCGUGGAGUCCGAGGCGUUCUACCGGCUGGAAAAGUACCCUCGGCAGAUCACCGACUCGAUCCACUGCUCGCUGGUCACCAUCCCCAGGAAGCUGGCAUACGUGAUACACGACAGACCCAAAGCCAUCGCGCCCGCGGUCGAGGCAUUUUAUCUACGGGACCCCGUGGCGCUGAAGCCGCUCCUGUCGCACCCGCCGUCCCGCCAACUCGAGUUCCCGCCCGUUGAUCUCGUCACCGUCAGCGUGCGCUUCACCAAGGUGCUGUUCGCCCAGCUCCGCUCGCAGCGAUUCGAGCCGCCACCGCCAACAUGGGCCGAGCUCCUCCCGCCACUGCCAUGCGAGUCCGACGCGGGUGCCGAACCCCACUCGGCGCGCGCACGGCUCGAGAUGGGUAUGAAGAUUACCACUGGGUUUGAGCUACUGGCUGCCGGCGCGGAGAAGAGCCGCAGCCGCGUCGCUCGCGAGGUGGCCAUCGUCCUAGAGGAUCUGAGGGAGGAUGGAGCCGAUGCACUGCCCAGCGACGCUGAGAUUCGCACCUGGAAGGACGUCGACCGGGACGACGAUGAAUCCUGGCUGGACAUCAACUACGAUGACUUUGAGCGGGAGCUGGACGGAAAGAAGCGGGCCGGUACCUCGGGCGACUCAGGAAAAGGGGAUGCUGGCUUUGGCGACACUAACGCUCAAGCAGACCUGCGCAAGAUCGUAGAGCGAUUUGAAGCAUUCCUCAACGAUGACGACGCUGGCAUCGAUGGUGCCGAGGUGGAUGACAUGGACAUUGAUGAUGAUGAAGAUGACGACUCUGACGAAGAUAGUGAGGGGGAAGACAAAGAAGUAAGCUUUGACGAGGAAGAAUUUGCUCGCAUGAUGAGGGAGAUGAUGGGCUUGCCCGCGACGGAUAGGACAGGAAAAGGUCCUGCAAGGCCGGCACCUGCGCCCAAGGGCUCUGCGGCAGCGGGUGAGGAUGAGCAGGAAAUCAAGGCCAUCCAGGAGCUGGCGGCUCAGAUGGAAGCAGAACUCAACGAACACGGCGCACUGAAACUCGAUCCCACGCCCAAGAAGCUCGCUGCCCUGAAGGGAAAGGCACCAGCAAGAGGAGCAUCUUCAAGCAGCAAGGUCCCUGUGAAGAAUGUUGAUGAUGAUGACGAUGAUGACGACGACGAAGAUGACGAGGACGGUGACCUCAACAUAGACUAUAAUCUUGCCAAGAAUUUGUUGGAGAGCUUCAAGAGCCAAGCAGGGAUGGCGGGGCCAGCAAGUAAUAUGUUAGGCAUGAUGGGCAUGGGUUUGCCGCGGGACGAAGAUGACGGCCGAGAUGGGAAGUAA